GUGCGCUAAUACACGUUCUAUUACGGUCACGCGGCCGUUAACGCUGAAUGGACAACUCACCGUCACCACAGCGAGCGUGCUUAAUAAAAGUCAAGAUGGCGACGGACGGUCAGGUCGAGUACGAAUCCGUCCUCUGUGUUAAACCAGAAGUCAACGUAUACCGAAUCCCACCGAGAGCAUCUAACCGGGCAAUCAGGGCUGCCGACUGGAAACUGGAUGCUCCUGACUGGACGGGACGCAUGCGUGUUACUGCCCGAGGCAAAGUGGUGUAUGUGAAAUUGGAGGACAAAAUCUCUGGGGAGCUGUUUGCCCAGGCACCAGUGGAUGAGUACCCUGGCACUGCAGUGGAAACCGUCAGUGACUCAAGCCGUUACUUUGUGCUUCGCAUUCAAGAUGACAGUGGGCGCAAGGCCUUUAUAGGAAUUGGAUUUGGAGACCGAGGUGAUGCGUUUGACUUCAACGUUGCACUUCAGGACCACUUUAAGUGGGUAAAACAAGAAACUGAAUUCCGUAAGCAGGCUCAAGCUCCAGAUACCACUCCUAAACUGGACCUGGGCUUCAAGGAGGGACAAACGAUUACUCUUAAUAUUGGGCAAUCAAAGAAAAAGGACAGGUCUCGCCCACAGAGUUCAGGAGGCCUCGGACUCCUUCCUCCUCCCCCUGGGGGCAAGCUAGCCCCACCUCCUUCAUCCAGAUCUACUAAUCAUAACACACAGCCAUCAACAGCUGGAAGUGACUCUGGUUGUUUGCUCGAUCUGGACUCCAGCAACUCCAACUCAGUGACUCCAUCCCAGCCCACCUCCACAGCCAGCUCUGACCUGUGGGGAGAUUUUGACUCUGUACCUCAGAAGUGAGGAGAGAUUAAUUGUGCUUUUCUCGGUCUUCUUUCUCAGUAAAUUUAUGCAGCACUUUUUUGAAAAUUUAUUUUUCCCCAUUCUGGGGCCCUGUAUCUCUCCCUGCCAAGCAGGGUAAAAGCUCUCUUGUUUUAUUUGGGUCUGAAUUCUGCAUAGCUCAGUCUUAACAAGACACAUUAAAAGAGCAGGCCAUCUCUGCAAGACUGCAUCUUCAUCGUUUCCCUACUACCUUCUAGUUUUCAGUUUUAGUUUUUUAAUGACCCCCUUCCUCCUUAUCAUGUAUUUGCUUAUUGCUGUUGUAGAUUAUGUAACAGAGAUAUGAAAGGAAGCAUAAUCAUCUCAUCAAUAUUCAAUGAUGAAAUCUGAUUAAAUAUAUUAAUGAAUUAAUUCUAUGUACAGAGAAUAUCUAUUUUAAAUGUGUGUAUAUAUUGUGUCAGUGGUUUCUAAUUGUUGUUGUUGGUGUUGCCUCCUUCAUGUACUGUAGUUUACGUUUCCCUAAAGUCUCCAGCAGCGGGACUGACUAUAUGCACUGACUGACAGUUAGGUCUGCUCAUGUAGUUAGUAAUUAAUUAAGCCUACAUUUAAGCCAGGGAUCAUCUUAGAUUGAGAUUAUUGUGAUGUUUACCACAAAAUGAUUUUACUUGAAAGAAUCCUGUCAGUCCAAAGCUGGUUUACAGAGCAGUUGGGCUCUUUAGCACUCUCUAGUCACCUCUUGUGGCUGUGCAGCUGUUCAACACAAAUUCCAGUAGGGGAGGGGAUGUUUGAGUUAUGCACAUUGUUUUAACUGUAAAUCAAGAUACAUCAAAGUAGAAGUGUUGGAUGGGAGAUGGUGCUGGCAAAGAAAAGAGGCAACAAGUGCUUUUAUCUCUGCCUCAAGGGAAACAGAUUUAUAAUCUGUGUUAUAUCAUCUCCGCUCAAUGCGUCUGUUAAAACUCUAACUUGUGAGCCAUUUAUCAUGGGGUCAUGACCCCUCUUCUCCUAAAUGAAGAGGUCCGUGUUUCUGGAUUUUUCCAUCCAUUUGAAAAAAGCUUCAUCUUGAUUCUUUAUACGACAGGUGAUGAAGUCAUAGACCUCAACCUCCGCAUGUUGUAAUGAGUUUACUUGUGAACUUUUAUUCCAUGUCAAGAUGUAUUGUUAUUUCUGGUAUUCUGAUGCAGACUAAUGCAACAUGGAGCUAAGCUAGGCUGUGUUUGCUACAGUGUUAUUGUGAAAUAAUUAUGUACCAUAACUGAGAUUUAACUGACUGUGCACUGAUUACAGUGGUAAGUGGUGUGAUGAUGGAUUUUAGCGCACACAGAGAUUGUGGAAGUGUUUGUCACUAUUUGUUAAUUGUCCAAAUUAUAUAUGUUUCUCCAAAGUGUUGUUCAAAGUGUAAAUGUGUAAGGAAAUGAACAAGCAAUGAAAAAUAUAUAUAAAAAAGACUU